UUGAAAUACUAUUUUCAAUUUUGCAUAAACACAGUUAAGGUUUUACAAAAAUAAGACACGUACAGUUGGACGUUUCAUUCAAAACAGGAGACACCAUGGAUUGAUAACCGUAUUACAUUGAAAGGACAAUUAAUAUGCAAAAGUUAAUUUUAGAGAUAUUUUUAAUAGCAACAAUCAUUCAACAGGCAAAUGCAGUUGCUACCUCGUUUGAAGUGGCGGCAGGGGAGACAAACUUGGUGGAGUUGCAAGAAGGGGGGAACGUAGUGGUAAAUUUAGUGUAUGAAGCCUCCGACACAGCCACGUACACUUUCGCCGCCAGUCUUGAUACUGGAACUACGCUGUCCACCACGGGGGCCACAAAAGACAGUACACAGAAAACUAUCGCAUACACAAUAACCUCGACAGACGUUACCGAUGGAUGGGGGACGUAUCUCCUAAAUUUUACGUUGGACGACGGAACCUCAGGCAUAGAUGUCUACAAGGAAGUUGUGCUUUUCUACGAGGAAGCAAUUUCUGGAUUUCAGAUUUCAAGGACAAACACAUUCCUUCCUUUACAAGAACAAACCUCAUUCACAGCCACAUUUACUGCAGGCUCAAAUGUUGAAACAGAGUGGUUUUUAGAUACAAAUGACACCUGUUUGCUGCAGCAUACGGGAAGUGGCUCGCGCAACUAUGUCCUUAAUUUUACUUUUACCGUCGCAGGAACUCAUAAUGUAACUGUAGUAGCUGCAAACACCGUUUCCAGAACGUUCGAUUCGAUGCUCGUGGAGGCUAUUUACCGGGUCAACGGAAUGAAUGUGACGACACCAAUCACAGCGGUUGGGACAAACGAAAACGUAAAUUUUACAAUAACUGCUAAUACUGCCGCAAAUUUUCCUCAAGGUCAAUUAAAAGUGAACAUUUCAUACGGUGAUGACGGCACGGAUCAAACUGUGGAUUUAUCAGACGUAGCAACUUUGCAAGGGAGUGGUUAUUUGGUUCAACGUCCCUAUACUUCCCAAGGCAAUUAUACAGUCAUUCUGACAUUCUAUAACGAGUUGGGUUCGUACGUUAUUUCCAAAGAUGUAUAUAUUUGGGACCAACUUUCGGUUACUUUAAGUUCGGCUUUCGCAAGUAUAAUAGGUCAACCCCUUUCAUUUGACUUUAUAUCGCCUCCAAACUCAAACUUUUACUUUUCCAUAUCAUAUGGGGAUGGCGACUUGUACGAGGUUACAGAUGCAAAUCUAUCUGCAUCGUAUUCUCACAUGCCUUGGAACCAUACUUAUGAUAACAGUGGAACUUUCAAUGUUACAAUGACUGCGUGGAAUCCCUUCUAUGUCAGUGUUUGUUCUUACCAAGUGACGAGCCAGGCACCUUUGUUGCCAGAUAACACAACUCUGUCACCAACAUCUGAUGAGAUUCCUUAUCCAGACGGAAUCGUGAACUUUACAAUUGUAAUGAAUGCUGAUGAACCUACUCCCAAUGCAGUGCUAUGUACAUUUGACUAUGGAGAUUCCACGGUAGACACAAAUGAAAGCACAGUUUUUGACUAUAACGUUGCUGUAAUAAAGUCUCACACAUACACAAGUGCCGGAACAUUUAUUUUUACGGCGAAUUGUUCAAAUUUAAUAAGCAGCAUGCUAAAGACAGCAACUAUAGUUGUACGGACCUUUACUCUGAAUUACUUUGGACUCCAAGUGGAAAAUCCAGUUCCAAUGAACAUGACAACAGAAGUUUUUACUCCUACAAUCGACUAUCGGCAUCCAGUUAAACCCAAGCCGAUUCCUAGAGAAGUAGCCUUUGCGCUAACAUUAUUCAACUGUUCCAGAAUGCCUCCUAAUAUAAAUGCUCAGUGGAACUUUGGGGAUGGUACAAUCUUAUCACCAGAAUUACAAUCAACAUUUGACAAACAACAUAUUUACAGUGUAAGAGAAAAUUUGACCGUUAGUGUUGUGCUUACGAAUAAUAAUGGGGUCCAACAUACUAUCACAAUGAUUCUGGUACUUGGGUUAACUACAUUGAAAAGUGACAAACAAGCAGCCCCCAUUACUACUGGUGUGUUCACAUUAACUGCUACCGGUAGUCAAGGAACACCUAGCUUUGUCUUUGAUUCUGACUCUGGUGACGUACCAUCUUGUACAGCUGGUGUUUGUACAGUUUCAUAUUCCAAUUAUGGUACAUAUUUACCGAGUGUCACAGCAACAUACGACAGUUUGAAAGAAAUUGUAUACCUUUCUGAACCUUUGGCGGCAGAUUAUGACAUGACUGGAAAACUUGUUAUAGAAUUCAGUAACACGACAGUUCUCCUUCCACCUGGAACUGUUACUAUUACAAUUACUUCUAGCAUGUCGUUUCCGUUUGUUAGAUGCAGUUUGCUCUCUGGUGAUUUGAUCGAUAAUUCAUUGCAUGAAAAAGUUCAAAAUAUAACUCCGACAGAGCCAAUGGUAUUUCCCUAUACCUACCAAACCCUUGGUAACCAUAGUUUAUCUGCAAAUUGUUCAAACUAUCUAACAGCUAUUCCAAUUUCAAAUAGUGUAUAUGCACGGAAUCCAUGUUUUACAAAAAACGGAAUUUUUGACCGACAGUAUUCUGAUAUUUCAAAUCCGAUGAAAGUUUACACAUCUCAGGAUGUAUAUAUUUCAAGUAGAAUGGGAGUAAUUUGUGUAGAAAAGACAGCAGACUUCGGAUGGGAGAUAUUCUCAAAUUACACUAGUGAGGAAGGCAAGAUCAAAUUUCCAUACACUAACCCUAUCAAUCCUUCGAAAGGCACAAUGUUUUUUCCACGGGGCACAAUAGCAGAAGGUAAAUAUCUAGUGACUUUGAACGUUUCUCUUGAUGGAACAUGGAUCAAAGAACCAAUCUUCGUCCAGUUCAUCAAGCCAGCGCCCUAUGCCUACAUAGUGGGUGGUUCAAAGAAGGAAGCAAGAAAGAUGGAUGAAAUGAUUGAAAUAAAUGCUCUAGAUGAGUCAUAUGAUGCCGAAGGUGGAUUUGGAAAGAAUCAAAACCUUACCUUCUCGUGGGACUGCAAGACUGUAAACACUUCUGACUUGAAUGAGAUUGAAAUAAUCGUCAACAACAACUACACAAGUCCAACAAUAGAUAUUGGGAAUUGUACUGUAGAAGGACCCGAAAAGGGGAAGAAAAAACUUAAUAUUACAACCUCCCCUGGAUACAUUGUCACUGUGUCCGUCAGUGAUGGGAGAAAGUCUACAGAGUAUUCUCAGAUGCUGAGCAUUCUGGAGGGAGAUCCACCUAAUGUCAAACUUGAGUGUAUUAUCAACUGCAAGGAAAAACUGGCUGUAACCUCUAGAAUGAAUGUCCUGGCGAAUUGUUUAGAUUGUACUGAAUCAGAGAAUCCAUCUUACGAAUGGAGUUUGAAGGAAUUUAACGGUUCAACGUGGAAUUCUAUUGACCUGCUCUCAAAAACAGCAAACGGAAUAGAUAAUCAAGCAUUGGUUCUAAAAGAAAACACACUUGAUCCUGGUAAAAAAUACACGGUUACUCUAGUAACAAGCGUCGCUUCACGUACAGGACCUAGCACUGUCAUCAUGGACCUAGCCACCAACUACCCUCCAUACGACGGAGCAUGCUCCGUGACCCCGACUACAGGGAAGGCUUUGAAAGACAAGUUCAGCAUUGAAUGCUCUGGUUGGAUAGACGAGGGCACGAACAUGGAACGAAAUCUAACAAGAGACAAGAAAAAUGGCGAACCACUAACUUACCUAUAUGAAACAGUAACCAAAAGAAACUUGUCAACUGGGAUCACGGACGUAAAAACUGAAGUGUUCCGAGGAGGGGAGAGUACUGUUACUGACGUCCCAUUACAGCUAGGAGACCCAGCAUAUGAUUAUAACGUCACUGUCAGAGUUCACAUUUAUGAUCGGAUCGGAGACAAGGCCAUUUUUGAAACAAAUAUUAAGGUAAUGCCAAUGGACAACGUCACUCCAAACUCCAGCUCUGACACUACGGCAAUCAACUCGCUAUUUGAGUCCUUUGAGGAGGCCUUCAACAUUACUAAUGCGGGUGGUAAUGAUAUGGGGGUCGUAAGACUGGUCAGUUCUGUCUCCUCCUAUAUUGUGGACUUCUCGGAGGGAGACUCACAGGGAACAACAGAGGAGGAUAUUUUAUCUGGUAGUGUAUCCUCACUGACAUCUUCCACAACGAGCGAAGUCACGCUUCUCUAUCGAAAGAAAACAGCUCAAAUGACCAGCAUUCUUUUAAAUACAGUCAGUUCUGUCCCCGGCACUACAAAGCAAUUCAGUGCAACCGACGUACAGCAAAUCUCGUCUGCUUUGGAGAGUGUCACACGAAGCCCAUCCUAUAUUACUACCGAGUCUGCGGAAGCUUCAACUUUAGUAACAAAGAAAAUGAUGGAGAGUGUGUUGAACACAUCUCAGAUCAAGCCAUUCCCCGUGGAAAGUCUUGAAAGCAUGCAGAGUGCUGUAUCCAGCACUAUUAAGGUUUUGAAUAACAUUUUGACCUCUAUGUUGCCCACCACUGUGAUGGAUCUUACUUCAGUGAUCACCGUAGACUCCAUCAUUGCUGAAUUGACCGAGAAACAAGAGCAACAACAAAGUCAGGAAGAGCUUUUAGGGACAACACAGAAACCUCUGGCGACUGAAGAAAUACGGGAUAAAGCUGAUAAAUUGUAUCAAAUCAGAACCGAAAAACAGAAAAACCAACAAAAACAGGCAGCGUUUGCAGAGAAAAACAUAGAUAAAAUCGAAAAAGCACUGGAAGACAUGAAAAAGAUUCAACUAAUGCAGCAAGAAGUAGGAGAAAAUGCCUCUCUUCUGUCCCAAGGUGGUCUGGAUGUUAGCACUGAGAAGGUCACCAUUGAAAGUAUCAUGAACAGGACGGAACAGUAUAUAAAGGGAAUACAGCUGGACUUUGGAACAGAUGGAAAUGACACACACACUGACAAUCAGACAAUACUUGAUAUUCAGGUCGUUGUCUAUGACAAGAACCCCUAUAUUUAUGGAGAAAAUCCUGAAGCUUCUGCUGUAACAUCUCAAGUGACAUCAGUCAAUGUCAGUGGUGGAAUUAGACCAGAUGUAAAAUUCAAAAAUAAAGGAAGUACACUGUAUCAGGAUUAUAUUCCAAAAAUGGAUCCCAAUGACCCGGAGAAAAUCAUUUAUAUCACAUUCACAAUGAAAAACGAGGGGGACGCAGCAAUAGCUUACAUCAAACCCCACGAUAUGAACCCUAGUGAUAAGAGGACCCAUUCUCUUUAUACCUUGUAUCUAGGGGGUGUGACGUAUCCAAAAUCAUCAUCUUACGAUUUUUCUAAGACAUUAACUAUGAAUGAUUGGUCAGGUUAUGGAUUCAAAACUUUUAUUCGACAAGGAUUAUGUCACAAAGGUUCAUGUUAUAUUGGUCUCAAGCCACUGGAAAAGAUCGAUUACAGCUCUUUUGCUAAAAGAAGCAGGCAAAAGCGCCAGGCACCUUUAACAACCGCAAGUUCGAACAACUCCACUUUAGAAGAUGUUGUAGCCAAUUUUAGUGUUAUUAUCGUCACCACUGGUUGCAGAUCGUGGGACGCACGAGCAAAUGCUUGGGUUUCCAAAGGAUGCACGGUUUUACCAAUGAGUACUCUUAACGAAACAAUAUGCAGAUGCCCCAACCCUUCGACAGGGAGUAUUUUUGCAUCCACUUUCUACGUACCGCCCAACAUGAUUGAUUUCAACACUGUGUGGAGUAAAUUCGAUCCUUCAAAUGCAGCUGUUUAUGGAACCGUUAUUGCUCUUCUCGUAAUAUACGUCAUAGCAGCAAUCUUUUUACGACGGGAAGACAAAAAGGAUAUUGAAAGGUGGGCCAUCCAUUUCCUGGUGGACAGUGACUCUACUGAUGAGUAUUUCUACAUGAUAACAGUACAAACCGGCCUCAGACGUGGGGCAGGGACAAAGUCCGUGGUCAAUUUUGUCCUGGCGGGCGAGGAAGACGACUCGGGCGUGAGAAUCCUCAGCGACGGUGUAAAAGAGGGAUUCGACACUGGAAGUGUAAAGAAGUUUAUUAUGGGUACGAAGGAGAAACUUGGUGGAUUAACUUACAUACGUAUAUGGCAUGAUAAUUCUGGGUCUGGCGACUAUCAGAACUGGUAUCUCAACAAAAUUGUAGUGGACGAUCCUCAAACAAACACCAGAUAUGUCUUCCUUUGUGAUCGGUGGCUGGCAUUGGAUCAAGACGAUGGACAGGUGGACAGAGUUGUCCCGGUUUGUGGAAGGGAUAAUCUGGUGGCCUUCAAUACUCUAUUUGCCCAGCAUGCUCAGUUCAAUUUAACAGAAAACCACCUUUGGCUUUCCCUAAUGAUCCGUCCAGAAAGAAGUCCAUUCACAAGGGUUCAGCGGCUAUCCUGUUUGCUUGCUCUAUUAUUCUUGACAAUGAUUGCAAACGCAAUGUUCUUCAAAUCAUCCUCAGAGGAACAAAGUAGUAACGAAGUCCAGAUUGGGUUUCUACGGUUUUCUCUGUCAACGGUUUAUGUGUCUAUAAUUGGUAUUGUUUUAACUACGCCUCCCAUUAUGUUUGUUACAAUGGUAUUCAAAAAAUGUAAACCGAAGGUUGAAAUAAAACACAAAAGCAAGAAAAAGGCCGAAGAGCUCGACAUGAAGAUCAGAAAAAACAUGGACAUGGAAUUGAAAAAGAGAGCCUUUAAUGGCGAAGAUUUUUUCACCAAAGACCAUCUCCCGUUACCAUACUGGAUGGCUUACGUUGCUUGGGUAGUCGUUUGGCUCGCUGUAAUAACAUCGGCAUUUUUCCUUAUUCUCUACAGUAUGGAAUGGGGCAAAUCAAAAGCGGAAGAAUGGCUUUCUUCUUUUUUCCUUUCAUUCUUUGAAUCCUUGAUUUGUGUUGAUCCUUUGAAGGUUAUAAUAAUAGCAGUUCUACUUGCAAUGCUUUUCAAACAACCCGCAGACGGUGAAACUCCUAAAAUGGAUUUAAACAAGCUGAAAGCGACAGCUUCCCAAUACAAUGCCGGAUCAGAGCGCAGUUAUAUGGCUUUCGUAAAUGGAAUAUUUAAUAAAUCAGAACCGCCACCUCAAUCAGACCUCGAAAAGCUCAGACAGAAACGAAAACAAGAACUUAAAGCACAGGAGGCGCUGAUGAACCUUAUAUUUUACGCCAUCUUUAUGUUCGUCAUCUACAGUAUCAGCUACGUUGAGCGGGACCAUAGAGCAUUUUUCAUGAAAUCCAACGUAGAUAAUUACUUGGUUGGACAUGGCAAUGGACAGCUAGGGUUCUCAGGGAUCAACAAAACUGCCGACCUCUUCUCUUGGUUGAAUCAGACAUUCAUCCCUACUUUAUACCCUGAGAACUAUUAUUCCGGUGCCAGUCUGGAACUCCAAGAUCAGAAAUAUUUUGGGGAUUUGGCAAGUAUCCGAGUAGGCCCUGCAAGACUCAGACAAGUCCGUAUGACUAAAGGGGAAUGCAAUUACAAUAAAUUAACAUGGCCACGCUACUGUGUGGAUUACUACAAUAUGUAUCAAGAGGACGAAAGCGAAUACUGCCUUGGUUGGUACCCGUUUAACGCCAGUGCUUGUGACACUAAAGUUUAUAAGGCCCAAUUCCAAACGGCUGCUGCAUGGAGAUUUACAAAGUCCAUUGACGUCUGGGGUCUUCCAUUAACAGGCGAAUACAAUACCUACGGAGGUGGUGGAUAUAUCCUUAAAUUACCAUCAAGUAGACUUGCAGCCCAAAAUCAAUUGAAAGAACUUCAAGACUACAACUGGAUUGACAGAGGAACACGUGCUAUUAUAGUGGAAUUUACUAUCUACAAUCCCAAUGCUAAUCUGUUUACAUAUGUUACUUACAUAACAGAAAUAACAGAAAUGGGUGGUUCCUUUACCUGGACUGAGACAAAUCCAUUCAGACCGAUUGUUUCUCUCAAUGCUAUGGGAACGUUUGCUAUCAUAUGCUAUUGUGUAUACGUUUUGUACCAGCUUAUUCUAACUUUCAACACGCUAAAAGGGAUUCGAAGGGAUGGACUCUGUAAAUACUAUAAGGUGGUCUGGAAUGUAGUGGAUACGAUAUGCUUGAUUUUGGGAUACAGUGCUAUCACAAUCUUUAUUCUCAGACUGUCUUACACGAACCAGGCAAUGGACGUAUUUUACGACGACAAGCUUACAGGAGAAAAUAAUUUCAUCAAUUUCUUUCAUAUUGUCGUGUGGGACAUGCUCUUUAACAUCCUAAUGUCCAUACUCGUGUUUAUUGCAACACUGAGAAUAUUAAGAAUCCUUGGAUAUAACCAAAAACUGACGGAAAUAAUAACCGUUGUCACUAGUGCAGCUAAAGAAAUCAUUGGUUUCGGCGUUGUCUUUGGAAUGGUGUUUGGGGGAUAUGUCAUCUUUGGAUAUCUUAUAUUUGGGCGUUCCCUUUACGAAUACAGAAGCAUUUUCACUUCUUGGGGAACUCUCACUAACGCUUUAAUAGGCAAGAACAGCUUGGAUACCAUGAUCAAUGCAGCCCCACAACUUGCACAAUUUUACUACUUUACAUAUGUUUUCUGUGUCCUUUUCACGCUUAUUACCAUGUUUGCUGCUAUUCUGAACAAGAGCAUUACCGAGGUCAGAAAUGAGUCUGCCGCACAAGGAGAUCAAUUUGGUAUUGUUGACAUGCUAACGAAGUCUUUUAAGGACAUCAUUGGUAUUGCUUACAAAACUGACAGAUCAAUGUCUAAAAAUGCAGAGGCAAAGAAAAAAUACAUGCAAAGUAUUGGUAUGAACGCUAAGUUUGAUGCUCCUAACAUUCUGCGACUGGUACGCACUACCCUAGGCGAGGUCAACGACGGAGAGGGUGAAUUGCUAACGCAACAACACAUGGAGAAUUCCAACUCAGAAAGCCUUCUUCUAAAUAAGUUGGAUCCGUACUCACAAAGUAGGUCUAUCUCGAGGGCAUCCGGAGCGGAAACUCCAGGGGACAUAAGUCUGGCUUUCUAUGAUACCAAGCGUUAACUAUAACCUCCGAAAUCUUCUGUAGAUUUUACUGACUUUAAUAAUUUAUGUCUGCAGUUGUUACAUAUUCCAUUCAAUUUACACUAGUGUUAAAGAUGACUAUAUUUUCGUAUUGUUAAUUUGAAUUUCAUUCCCUGAUGCAAAUAUUUAUGAUUACUGAUAUUGAUUUUUAAAAUUGUUUUCUACUUAGAGAACUACUGUUUUUCCUGUGAACAAUAUAUGCAUAUUGAUAAAAAGAGUGUGCCAGUAUUUUCUUACAUAGCACGUAUCUAUCCGUAUAAUUUUGUCAUGUUUAUAUAGCAGUAAUCUGUGUGUAAGAAAUGUUACCGUAUUAUGUUUUAAAAUUGUUAGUGUCUUAAAACAGCGAUAAAACAAUGGUAUUUUAAAGAAAAGACGUGUUUUAACUAUAAAGAUUCAGUCAUUGUAUUUCCGUAUUACGUCAUAUCAUUACGCUUUUUUUCUAAACACUUGUUCAUCACCAAGAGGCAGUGGGCUCUGUAAGUUUUUUGUGUAAAGGUGUAGAGGUUGUAUUUGUUUUACCAGCAUCAUCCAUAUAAUUUGAAUAGAAAAGGGUAUAUAUUACUUAAAAAUCCGCUUUGCUGUAGUAGAAGGCGACCACUGAUAAUUGGUGAUAAACAUACGAUGUCUCUUCGAAUUUCCUUAAAAAUUAAACACUGUGAUAUAAUUUGUAUAUAGAUUUGCAAUAAAUAACUCAAACUGAC